AAAAUUUAUAAACCAAAUUGUUAUUGAACUAUAAGUCUGUAUAACUAUAAAUUAUAUUUGAUUAGAAGUGUAUUUGAAUUUAUGUAGCGCAUGCGUAUUUUAUGAAAAGUAAAGUAGUGCGUUUACUUGCGAAUGAUUAGUUAUUAAGAUUUUAUAUUAUAACCUUUCGUUAUAUUAAAAUUAUAAAAUGGGAAAAACAUCAAAAGAUAAACGUGAUAUUUACUAUCGAAAGGCCAAGGAAGAAGGUUGGAGAGCAAGAAGUGCAUUUAAAUUACUUCAGAUAGAUGACAAAUUCAAUAUUUUACAUGGAGUUACAAAAGCAGUUGAUUUAUGUGCUGCCCCAGGAAGUUGGAGUCAAGUAUUAACACGUAGAUUAAAUGAAAACUAUGAGAAAUUAAAAGAAGCUAAGUCAGAUUGUACUUUAAUUGCCCCAAAAAUUAUUGCCGUAGAUCUUCAAGCUAUGGCACCAAUUGAAGGAGUAAUACAAAUUCAGGGGGAUAUUACAAAUAUUAAUACUGCAGAGCAAAUAAUUGCUUACUUUGAUAAUGAACAGGCAGACCUUGUUGUAUGUGAUGGAGCACCUGAUGUUACUGGUCUUCAUGACAUGGAUAUUUACAUUCAAUCUCAAUUACUAUUAUCAGCACUGAGAAUUACAUUGCGUAUAUUAAAACCAAAAGGCACUUUUGUAGCAAAGAUCUUUAGAGCUAAAGAUGUUACACUAUUGUAUUCUCAAUUAAAAAUAUUUUUCACAUCUGUGAUAUGUGCUAAACCACUCAGUUCAAGAAAUUCAAGUUUUGAAGCAUUUGUAGUUUGUAGAGAUUUUAAUCUACCAGAGGAUUUUAAUCCAGAUUCAUUGGAUACUUCAAUAUCUGAAUUUAGUAAAUUAAAAGGCGUUAAUGGAUACAUUGCUCCAUUUGUAAUUUGUGGAGAUCUUUCUCAACCUGAUUCUGACACCAGCUAUCCAUUAGAUUUUGAAGGCCAAAAAUUCGAAUAUUGUAAGCCAACGCAAAGCCCUAUAAAUCCAGCAUACGAGGAGGCAAUCUCACUUUUAAGUGUUAUCAAUCUAGGCAAAGAUUCAGCAAGUUGUACACUGCAGGGCUCUUCAAUGACUAUUGAUGAUUUUAAAUCACAAUAUAAGACAAAGAAACGUUCUUAAUUUGCUUACAUUAUAUAGUCAUUAUGUAUUGUAUAUUAAAUGUUUUAUUUAUAUACAGUAAACGUAUUUAGAAGAAUUAAAUACAAUUAAUAUCAUAAACUAUAUAUCCGAAAACUGGCAAGUGGAAGUAAUUCCCUGGCAUUAUGGGUAUUAUAUCGCACUUACAAUAACGUAGUACAGUAAUUUAAAAAUCUUACCAGUUGAAUGGACACUUUGUAGUAACUAUACCAUAUGAGGAAGUAACAUCGGCCUGUAAGACUAAUUAUAUCGAAAGUUUUACGUAACGUAAAAAUAAAAUAUUGCGGUCACAUUCUUUUCUUAACUCAAGACUUACUAUCUCUGUAGUGAAAAAUUCUUUUAAAUAGUUUAUUUUUAUAUAAU